UCAUCACAUUUGGAAGACCAUCUUGCUGGACAUCAUGGCGCCUCACGGUGAUAACAAGCAUGGCGGAAGUGGAGGAGAUGAUGUCAAACCAGAGCGAGGCAUGGCCACGCUUUCGACAUUAAGAAUCGGGACCAAGGCCAUGGUCAAGAAGAGCGACGAGACACGCAAAGCAGAGAUCCUUUCCAUGCAGACAAGAAAAGGUCUCCCAACCUUCUACGUCCACUACGAAGACUUCAACAAACGUCUCGACGAAUGGGUCUCUGCAGAUCGGCUUGACCUCACACAAGAAGUCGAGUGGCCCAUCCCGGAGAAGCCUGACAACAAGACCAAGCAGAAGACUGCUCAGCAGUCCAAGUCCCAACAACAAUCCAAGACCGACUCGAAAUCACAAACGAAAGCUGGACAGAAACGGUCGAGAAGCGGGACAGCCACGCGAGAAGCCUCCGCUACGCCAGACGUCCCCGCGAAACUAUCACGACAUCCUUCAAAGGCAGGCGGAAAGGAGAAUCGUGAUCCUCUCCCUACGGUUGCUGUAGAAGAUGUCGAUGCCGGCACUCCGCAGCCCGAUGAUGAGUCUGCCGUCGAUCUCGUUGACAUGCAAGAAGCCGCGGCGUCCGCGAAAGCUAUUCCCGACACAGUCCCCUACUCCCGUGAAGAAGAAAUAGAAAAGCUCCGGACCGGAGGUAGUAUGACCCAGAAUCAAACCGAAAUCAGCCGCGUCCGCAACUUGGAGCGAGUUCAAAUGGGCAAUCAUGAGAUUGAGCCGUGGUACUUCUCCCCCUAUCCAGCCGAAUUCACCGACUGCGACAUGGUCUAUAUUUGCGAGUUCUGCCUCUGCUACUUUGGCAGCAAUUUUCAGUUCAAACGCCAUCGCGGAAAGUGCCAGCUGUUCCAUCCUCCUGGCAAUGAGAUCUACCGCGACGACAACGUCUCCUUCUUCGAAAUCGACGGUCGGAGGCAAAGGACAUGGUGUCGCAACCUCUGCUUACUGUCCAAACUCUUCCUCGACCACAAGACCCUCUACUACGACGUCGACCCCUUCCUCUUCUACUGCAUGACCACCCGUUCCGAGCACGGCCACCACCUUAUCGGAUACUUCUCCAAAGAAAAGGAGUCCGCAGAAGGCUACAACGUGGCCUGUAUUCUCACCCUCCCACAACAUCAGCGAAAAGGCUACGGCGCCCUCCUCAUCCAAUUCUCCUACGAACUCUCCAAAAUCGAAGGCAAACUUGGAUCCCCAGAGAAACCCCUGUCCGAUCUCGGUCUGCUCGGGUACAGGGCUUACUGGCAGGAAAUGAUCGUCGACGUCCUCCUCGAGCGGGAAGCGGAGAACCCCGGCAGCACGGGUGGUAUCGCGGUGGAAGAGCUGGGCGCCACGCUGGCGAUGACGACGAAUGAUGUGCUGCAUACGUUGCAGAAUUUGAAUAUGCUGAGGUAUAGCCAGAAGAACCAUGUGAUUGUGUUGACGGAUGCGGUGGUCGCGGCGAGGGAGAGGAGGAAGGAGAAGGAGAAGAUUAAGGGGAAGAGGUUGAUUGAGCCGGAGAAGUUGAUUUGGAAACCGCCUGUUUUUGCGGCGAGUGCGAGGACGUGGAAUUGGUAG